AUGGCCAGUGCAUUUGCUCUGUUCUUUGUAUGCCCACCGUGGGCAAAUGCAAUGAGAGACAAGUGGUGGGCGACCCAGUAUGGCCCCGAAAUGACAGAGCAAAAGUACACUAUGGGGCAGACGGAUCCCGAGGAAGGAGUGAAAAGCCGAAUCUGGAAAAUGGCAAUACCAAUAAACAUACUUGCUCGAGGUCAAUAUCGAUCGGGAAUAGACCAUUAG